GGCUGCCAGGACGCGAUCCGGAGUUGAGAUAGUUUGGGGUGUUUUUUUUUUCUUUUCUUCAAAUCCGUGGCCUCCCAAGGAUCCAUUGCGACCAUCCCGGCUGCUCGUCCCCCCUCUUCUUCAUCAUCAUCCUCAUCCUCGUUUCAACCCGGCGACCAGCAGUAAUCCGCACAUCCCGUUGCACAGAUAGCGGUCCAAGGCGCAGCGCGAAACGAAACCACCGGUGAAGAUGUCUGGCUAUCAGGGAAAGAAGAACAUCCCCCGCAUCACAAGCGACCGUCUCCUGAUCAAAGGAGCGAAGAUUGUGAACGAUGACCAGUCCUUCUGUGCUGACAUCUAUAUGGAGGAUGGAGUCAUCAAACAAAUUGGGGAAAACCUCAUUGUGCCCGGUGGGGUAAAAACCAUUGACGCCCACGGUCGCAUGUUGAUGCCCGGUGGCAUCGAUGUGCACACUCGUUUCCAGAUGCCCGAUCGAGGCAUGGUAGCUGCUGACGAUUUCUACCAGGGCACUAAGGCGGCUCUGGCAGGAGGCACCACGAUGAUCAUUGACCAUGUGGUACCUGAGCCAGGCUCCAGCCUCAUCUCUGCCUUUGAGCAGUGGCGUGAGUGGGCCGACAGCAAGUCCUGCUGCGACUACUCGCUGCAUAUCGACAUCACCGAGUGGCACAGAGGCAUCCAGGAGGAGAUGGAGGCGCUCGUGAAGGAUCAUGGUGUCAACUCUUUCCUGGUCUAUCUGGCUUAUAAGGAUAUCUUCCAGCUCACUGAUGCUCAGGUGUACGAGGUGUUCAGUGUGAUCCGCGAUCUAGGAGCCAUCGCCCAGGUGCACGCUGAGAAUGGAGACAUUGUAGCUGAGGAGCAGCGUCGCAUCCUGGAGCAGGGGAUCACUGGCCCUGAGGGACAUGUGCUGAGCCGCCCUGAGGAGGUGGAGGCUGAGGCUGUGAACCGCUCUGUGACUGUGGCGAAUCAGACCAACUGCCCUCUGUACAUCACCAAGGUGAUGAGCAAAAGUGCUGCUGAUGUCAUCGCUCUAGCCAGGAAGAAAGGUACUGUGGUAUAUGGAGAGCCAAUCACUGCAAGUUUGGGAACAGACGGCUCACACUACUGGAGCAAGAACUGGGCCAAGGCAGCUGCUUUCGUCACCUCCCCUCCCCUGAGCCCCGACCCAACCACACCGGACUAUCUCAACUCCCUGCUCUCUUGUGGUGACCUGCAGGUGACAGGAAGUGCACACUGUCCCUUCAACACCGCUCAGCGCGCUGUGGGCAAAGAUGACUUCAGCUUGAUUCCUGAAGGCGUCAAUGGCACUGAGGAGAGGAUGUCUGUCAUUUGGGACAAGUGUGUGGUGACGGGUAAGAUGGAUGAAAACCAGUUUGUGGCUGUGACCAGCACCAACGCCGCUAAGAUCUUCAACCUGUACCCCCGCAAGGGUCGUAUUGCUGUGGGUUCAGACGCUGACCUGGUGCUGUGGGACCCAGACAUCACGAAGAUUAUCUCUGCCAAGAGCCACAACUCGACUGUGGAGUACAACAUCUUUGAAGGCACAGAGGUGCGUGGCGGGCCUCUGGUGGUGAUCAGCCAGGGCAAGAUCGUCUUGGAGGAAGGAAACCUCCAUACUACCGAGGGCUCUGGACGCUAUGUAGCUCGUAAACCUUUCCCUGACUACGUCUACAAGAGGAUAAAAGCUCGCAGCAGGCUGGCUGAGCUGAGGGGUGUACCCAGGGGACUGUAUGAUGGUCCGGUCUGUGAGGUGUCAGUCACCCCUAAAACUAUGACUCCUGCCUCCUCUGCGAAGACUUCACCUGCCAAGCAGCCGAACCAGCCCGUCCGUAAUCUGCACCAAUCUGGCUUCAGCCUAUCCGGUGCUCAGGCUGAUGACAACAUUCCCCGUCGGAACACCCAGCGUAUUGUGGCACCACCGGGGGGCAGGGCUAACAUCACCAGCCUGGGUUAAAUUUCCAUUGUCGGCUGCUGAGGAGGAAGAGAAGGUUUGAGGAAGGACGGCCAACAGGAGCUGACGGGGUCAGGAAACCACAUUGACACCGAGGGCCCGAAACCUUAACUGACCGGGCCAUCUGUCAGCCUCAAUCUUUCAACUCCUCCUUUGCCGCUUUUUCACGUUCCCGCUCCCCUCUUUUCCCAAAACCAGAUCCUAGAGGACACAGUUAAAAACAAAUUUAAAAAAAGGUCUGCCUCAUAUGAUGAAAAAAGAGAAAAAAAUGAAAACACUCCUUAUUUGAGCACUUUUACUGCAUUAUUUAGUUUUUUUUAUACUGUACUUUCUUCCUGCCAUGUAUUCUUUUGAUGUUUGUUUUACUGUUGUUUUAAUAGAGGGGUCGAGUGAGACUAAACUGAAUUAAUACAGUAAGAAAAGAGGAUACUUUUAAUGCAGGAUGUCCAUUGUACUUUCCAUUAUUUCGUUUUAUUUCACUUAAGAGUAGUUAAAAUGGAGCAUGGGUACAAAAUCAGUAUUGUUAUCUUUUCUUUCUGCAUUUAAAUAGGCCAAACAGUAGGUUGCUUGAAAUAUAAGUCUUACAGUUUAUUCAGCUGACAAGAAUCUAAUACUUCCUUCAAGCUGA